AUGACGCGCAUCCUCGAACCAACAUUUCAAGAGUUUUGCGCAAUCGUUUCCUCACUUACUAAUUCUGUAUUAAUUUUCUUAAUUCUCACUAAAUCUCCGCCUCAAUUAGGAUCCUAUAAGUGGCUUAUGUUGUGCACGUGUUUCUUCGAGCUAGCUUAUGCAUCGUUGGAUAUUUUUGUAGAGCCAAAAAUUCGAACAUUUCAAUCGUCUCUAUUCCUGGUUCAAGAUUUGAGGAAGUCCAGGAUUGGCCACGAUACCACGUUGCUUUUUCUGUUGGCAUACAACUCAUGCUAUGGGUCUUCCAUGUCAAUUUUUGCUUGUCAUUUCAUUUAUCGAUAUGGUGCCAUAAACGCAGAAUUUAAGCAGAAACACUUAUUUGGCGUGAAGCAGACCCUCCUUUACAUCGCUCCAAUAUUCACUGGAUUUGUUUGGGCCAUUCUGUGUUGGUCCACUUUGGGAGAAUCUUCAUCGAAAUCUGACUUUUUAAGACCUCAUUUCCAACAAGUAUUUAAUAUGACAAUCAAAGAAUGUGUUUAUGUUGCUUUUCAUUUUUGGCCCACUGAUGACCAAGGUGAACCUCAUCUUGAUUUUAUGUCAUUUGCGUGUGUUGUAAUGAUGCUUCUUAUUCUUGGUACUUCAUUUGGAAAUGUUCUAUAUUUUGGGGUGAAAUGCUAUCAAUACAUAUCAAAUCAACUCGGAAGCCUAUCAUUACAGUCAAAUGCUACAAAAACUCUUCAAGCCCAAAUAUUCUACUCUCUAAUUAUCCAAUCUGCAAUUCCAUGCUUCUUAAUGUACAUGCCUGCUACAAUAAUGUCCAUGAUUCCUUUGCUUAAUCUCGGUUAUGAUUUCAAUUUCCCUCUUCUUCAAUCACCAUUGCGAUCUACCCGGCGAUUGAUCCACUUCCAACGAUUUUUAUAG